AUGAAGGUUCUUGUGACUGGUGGUUCCGGCUUCAUUGCCGCUCAUUGCUUGGAGGCUCUACUGGCCAAAAACCAUACCGUGACGACAACAGUGCGGAGUGCAGAGAAGGGAGAAAAAAUCCUCGCAGCUUGCUCCAAGUUUCCCAAAGCCCAGCUUUCCUAUGUGAUCGUUCCCGAAAUCGCGCAGGAGGGUGCAUUCGACCAAGUCGUCAUUUCCGAACCUCCAUUCGAUGCCGUCAUCCACACGGCAAGCCCUUUCCACUUCGGCUUCCAGGACCCGAAGGAGCUGCUCGACCCUGCCAUUCAAGGAACGCGGGGCAUCUUGGAUGCAAUUCACCGCAACGCGCCGACCGUGAAACGGGUGGUCAUCACCUCUUCCUUUGCUGCCAUCGUUCAGACCGACGGGCACCCCGCCGUGUACGAUGAGAGCCAGUGGAACCUGGUGACCUAUGAGGAAGGAGUCGCGGAUCGCGCUAAGACCUACCGCGCGAGCAAAACUCUCGCUGAGCGAGCUGCGUGGUCCUUUAUGGAGGAGAAGAAGCCCGGGUUCUCUCUCUCCACCAUCUGUCCGCCAUGGGUGUUUGGGCCGAUGAUCCACUAUCCUGACUCGCCGGCGUCGAUCAACACAUCCAAUGGUUACUUCAUGUCCUUGACGCUUGGAGGAUGGAAGGAGAAAUUACCUCCGACCGGUACUUGGCUCUGGGUUGAUGUGCGCGACGUGGCUCUCGCACAUGUUAAGGCUAUGGAGGUUCCUGAGGCUGGUGGCAAACGCUUCCUCACGACUGCGGGCCACUUUGACAUGAAGGAUGUUGCGGAAAUUGUCAGGGACAACUUCCCCGCGUACGCCGAUAAACUCCCAGCCGAGUUGAAGUCAGACAGACCGGAUAUCCUUUAUGGGUAUGACAACAGUCUAUCCAAGACAGUGCUUCAGCUGGAUUAUUUGCCACUCAAGACGACAAUCACAGACGUGUUCAAUGUCUUGGCAGCAAAUAGUGCUUGA